AUGUACGAAAAGGUGGUUAAAGAUCUGAAUCAUGCAUUAAGCGAGAAAGUGGAAGGGGACAGAUUACUUGAUAUACCGUGUAACGUAUGCGGUGACCGUAGCUCUGGAAAACACUACGGCAUCUACAGUUGCGACGGUUGUUCAGGAUUCUUCAAGAGGAGUAUCCACCACAAUCGAGAGUACAUUUGCAAGGCCGAGGGUUCUAUGAAAGGGCGCUGCCCCAUCGACAAAACGCACAGAAACCAGUGCCGUGCAUGCCGUCUAGCUAAGUGUUUCGAAGCCAAUAUGAACAGGGACGCAGUGCAACAUGAGCGUGGACCAAGGAAGCCAAAGCAACAUCAACAACAAUCACCAAUCACAACACCAAUACACAACGAUCGACUAAGAACUGGUAUUGGCUCUCCUUACGUUCUAUCACCUCACAGAAGGUUUCGAUGUGAUCAGAGGUUCACACCUUAUCCACGACCAGUGGCAUUGGUGCAGAAACCACCAGAGGACUCUCCAUCCCCUGCACCAUUGGCUCUGCCGCAUUCUCCUUCGACCACGACCCUUUAUUCAGCACCCCCAACCGUCACCCUGGCACCGCAACCACCCCUUCUUCAGAUACUAAUGUCCGCCGAGAAGUGUCAGGAACUCGUAUGGAACGCACGACUACAACCGGAAACGGAGUAUUCUCUGGAACAAACGGAAACCAGUCACAACUCAACGGCGACUUCGCAAAAUCCCAAUCCCACGCGAGAAAUAUUACAGGAAACCACUGCCCGUCUGCUGUUCAUGACUGUAAGAUGGGUUUGUUGUCUACCACUAUUCCAGUCGCUAUCAAAAAACGAUCAAUUAUUAUUGCUCGAAGGGUCCUGGACACAACUUUUUCUUCUUCACCUAGCACAAUGGUCCAUAUCUUGGGACAUUACCGGUCUGUUAGAGGACGAACAGAUACGUGGAAGAUUUUCGAAGGAUGAAGUUGGGAUAAAUCAAGAAUUAAUUAUCAUACAGGCUAUAGUAUGUCGUUUCAGACAACUUUCACCCGAUGUCGGUGAAUGUGGAUGCAUGAAAGCAGUAGCAUUAUUCACUCCAGAAACCGAAGGUCUCCAUGCCACAGAGUCGGUUAAAAUGUUACAGGAUCAAGCUCAAUGUAUCCUAGGGGAUUAUACAACUUCUCGCUAUCUGCGACAACCGGGUAGAAGCGGGACGUUAAUGUACCUGGUCGGAUAUUUAAAAUCCGUUUCCUCUAAGACCGUUGAACGUUUGUUUUUUCACGAAACCGUAGGUGAAAUUCCCAUAUCUCGUUUGUUGGUCAAUAUGUAUCAAAUGGAAGGACACACGAAUUGAAGUUUCCAGACGAAGUAUGUAACAAUUUUUCAUGGCUUUCCAAAACUCUUCCAGUUCUCAUUCUUACGAUGAAUUAGAGAAGUUUUCGAAAGACCUGUAACCAAAGACUGUGACUGUACGAAAAGUUUCUGAUCUUUUCACGAGUAGUUCGUUUAAUUGAAUCGAGUAAUAAUAAAAUAUCUAAGAUUCAUGUUUAAUUAGA